AUGUCGACGGUCGACGCCAACGCCAACGCCAACGCCAACACCGGCAAACCCGCGACCACCAUGGCACCAACAACACUACCUCACCCACACCCGCGCCCAGGAUCACUACACGCUAGCUCCGGACAGCACCGGAUUUGCAGCCGCGCCCGGGGCUCACUCACUCACUCGCACGAGAUCAAAGGGCGAGAUCCGCUGUGGGCUAUUGCAACCACGGCUUAA